GCUCUUGUAUAAAUUAACCAGAGCUUAACUCUGUUCUCAGUCAGAUCAAGUUGAUUUCUACUUGGGCGGUUAAUUGUGAAUUUCGAGACCUGAUAAUGUUGAGAAUUCCUCUGGUGGUGAUUUUGUUCCAGAUUGUUCUCCAAACUGGCUGCACAGGAGCGCAUUGCUGUGAUGAAAUCAAAUCUGAUAUCGAGAAUCUUAACCUCGCUCAGGACAUAUUGUGUUCAAAACACGAUCCUCGCUAUGAAUCAUGCUGUGGUAACAUAAAACGCGACAUUCAGAAGUUAAAACAAGCGCAUGGAAUUAUGUGUGAAAAAAAAGUUAUUGUCAAAAAAAGUUGUGCUGAUCUCUAUAAAUCAGGAGUGAAAGAAGACGGUGUUUAUACGAUUGAUCCCGAUGGCCUCGGAUCGUUCAACGUCAGUUGUGAUAUGACAACAGACGGGGGUGGCUGGACCGUGUUUCAAAGAAGACAAGAUGGAAGCCAAGAUUUCUACCUGGGAUGGUCAGACUAUAAAGCAGGCUUUGGUGAUCUUAACGACGAGUUCUGGUUGGGUCUUGAUAAAAUACACCGUUUAACGAAAUCUGGCCAAAAUGUUUUAAGGGUUGAUUUGAUGGAUUUCAAUGGCGCUAAAGCUUAUGCCAAAUAUGCAGAGUUUAGUGUGGCUGAUGAAUCAGACAAAUACAGAUUGAACACUGGAGGUUACUCAGGUAACGCAGGUGACUCUCUUGCGUAUCAGAAUCAAAUGCAGUUCACUACAAAGGACAGUGACAAUGAUGCUUGGAAAAGCAAUUGCGCUUCGUAUUAUGAAGGAGCUUGGUGGUACAAAGCCUGUCAUGCAUCCAACCUCAAUGGGAAGUAUCUGAGUUCAGGACAGGUUUCUACUCAAGGAAUAACCUGGUACAAUUGGAAAAAUUCAUACUACACUCUGAAAAAGACGGAGAUGAAAAUUCGUCCCAACACCUUUUAAAAUAAAAACGAGCUUCUAGAGGACUAAAAACAUUUACGCCAGACACAUUUCACCCGUUCAACGAAAAAUGUAAAUUUAUUAUUGUUUUUUCCUCACAAUUUCAGUCUGCAACACACGCUCCAAAGUAACUCUUGUAGUUAUGUUUAAAUUGAAUGAUAAAUUAAUUAAAAUGUACAUAGGUGGAUUUCACUCAAGAUUAAUACAUAGAGAAACACUUGGUGGUCAACUUCACAAAUAUUGCCGAAUUAUGCCUUGUGGAAGUGAGCAAAUUUCGUUAAAUUGCACAUAACAUCUACUCAACAUUAGGUUAAAACCUACAAUGAAUGUUUUAUUUGAUUUGAUAAAUAUUUUCCAUCUGGAGUUCACCACCAAGUGCUAAAUUUGUCACGUGACUGAAACCCAGCUAUUAGACGUUUUACUGUUUAUAUUACACUGUUUUAUCUCCGAGUACCAGUAAUUGAAUAUGUUCAUUUAAUAAAAUUCAUUUUAAA